GCUUGGUUUUGGGUGCUGGCUUUCUGUCCAGGGCAUGGCUGGGUUGGGCCAGCUCCUAGGUAGGACUUGGGGAAGUUGAGGCACAGCUGCUGCAGGGUGCUGCGAGGAUGUGCAUGGGGCUGGUUUGCCAGCCAAGCAGUCCCUCAGGCCAGGUGCCCAUGCAGGAGAUGAGAUGGCUCCAGCUAGGCUAGCAUGGCCCAGACCUUCCUGGCACUUGAGGCUGCCUUCUUGGAUGGCAGGCAUCCGGGGAACCCCGUCCUGCACCCAGGACCCUUGUGUCGAGCUGAAGCCCCUGAAAGGUGGCACUGGGGAAAGCGGGAAGAGCACAUUCAUUAAACAAAUGCGGAUAAUUCAUGGCUCGGGCUACUCGGAAGAGGACAAAAGGGGCUUCACCAAGCUGGUGUACCAAAACAUCUUCACUGCCAUGCAGUCCAUGAUCAGGGCCAUGGAGACCCUGAAGAUCCUAUACAAGUAUGAACAGAACAAGGCCAACGCACUGCUGAUUCGGGAAGUGGAUGUAGAAAAGGUCACAACCUUUGAGCAGCCAUAUGUAAGUGCAAUUAAGACAUUGUGGAACGACCCUGGAAUUCAAGAAUGUUAUGACAGGAGACGAGAAUAUCAGCUCUCAGACUCAGCUAAGUAUUACCUAAGUGAUGUGGAUCGUAUUGCAACCCCGGGAUAUCUACCAACCCAGCAGGAUGUGCUACGGGUUAGAGUUCCUACAACUGGGAUCAUAGAAUACCCCUUUGACCUAGAGAAUAUUAUCUUCAGGAUGGUGGAUGUUGGGGGCCAAAGGUCAGAACGACGGAAGUGGAUCCAUUGCUUUGAAAAUGUGACCUCCAUCAUGUUUUUAGUAGCCCUUAGUGAAUAUGACCAGGUUCUAGUGGAGUCGGAUAAUGAGAACCGAAUGGAAGAGAGCAAAGCCCUCUUUCGGACCAUUAUCACCUACCCCUGGUUCCAGAAUUCUUCUGUCAUCCUCUUCCUCAACAAGAAAGAUUUGUUGGAAGACAAGAUCCUGUACUCCCACCUUGUUGACUAUUUUCCAGAGUUUGAUGGCCCACAGAGGGAUGCCCAGGCAGCCCGCGAGUUCAUCCUCAAGAUGUUUGUGGAUUUAAAUCCAGACAGCGACAAAAUCAUCUACUCUCACUUCACGUGUGCCACAGACACAGAAAACAUCCGUUUCGUCUUUGCUGCGGUCAAGGACACCAUCCUACAGCUCAACCUGAAGGAGUACAACCUGGUCUGACCUGCUCUGCCCCUUGCUCCUCCCUUCCAUGGGAGGCCUUGUUGUGAAGAAAAGACAAACCGGAAAAAUUUAAAAAUUACAGGAAAAAAAAAAUCUUAAUUUUUAAUGAUGUAAUGAUUGCAAAUUGUCUGAUCUGUGGAGUGGCAAGUUUGCUCAGUGUUAUCCUGGAAGUCUCAUGUCUCUGUCCACAGAAUAGUUGAUUUUCAUAUUUUUUAACAAAUUGCUUUUAUUUCACAGUUAACGGGGGCCAUGCCUCAUUCUUCAGCACCUUCUUCACCCCUUAUUUUUUACCAACAGGCAAAGCGGCCUCAUCUCGGGCUUUUCUUCUGUUGCUGUGUUGUUUUUCUUUUUCCCUUUCCAUUCCCAUGGUAUAUAUAGGUAUAUAUAACUUUCCAGCCAAGAUUGUGAAUUCACUGGACUGUGGGAGCGUGGAAUGUUACUGGUCCCUUUGCCUUGUGCUGUAGGGUGCCUCCGUAAUCGCUAAUCCUGCUUGCUUUCCCUCCUCACCCCUUCCCUUCCCGAGGACACGCUCCAUGGUUCACUGUGAUGAAAUAUCGGAGAAGAACAAUUGCUCUCCAACUCUAGCGCAAAAAAAAAAAAAGGAAAAAAAAAAAGGAAAAGGAAAAAACCAGAAGAAAAAAAAAAAGCCGUCACUUUUCCAUUCUUUGUACGAUUUAGUCUGGGUUACUUUUUUCUUAUCAAUUAUAAAAGGUAUGGAGACUGUGAUUUUUUUUUUUUUUUUUUUUUUUUUAAAUUAUUGAUGUUCUAUACAUAGUUUGCUACAUAUUGCUGUAUUUUGUUCAUGGACUACAAAUGGUGGGAGCUCUUGGAGCAAUAGCUGCUGAGCCUGGGGAAGUGCCUGACUGUAUUUUAAAAAAAAAAAAAAAAUAGUAGGCUCAAUUCAUGGAAGGAAAACUUUCCCUCUUGUUGAGUGUGGAGCACAAGGCAUUGCCUGGGCGACUUCUCUAUGCAGCAAAGAUCAGAAGCGCGCGGAAUCAUUCUGUGGCAUUUAAAACCCCAAAUUUUGGCUAGAGCAAAGAUCUUUUGAAAUCUCCCGUGCUGCCCUCUGGUUCUUGCGCAUGCUGCCAACAGCAAGAGAGUCCCAUUAUCACAUUUUUUUGUGCCAGCGUGUCUUGUGCAUUUGUAAGAAUGCCUCGGUCCUGCCCAGCGCUCGGGUUUUCUAUGAGAAGGACCAGAGUUGGGUGACGCGGGUUCUGGGAUGUGGGUAGGAUUCUUACUGCUUGAAAAAAGAUUGUGAAGAGGAGGUGGGAAGCUUUCUUUUUCUUUUU